AUGUCUGAGAAAUGUGGUUCAAGAAUGGGUUUGGACGUCAAGAAAAAAGUCCUCAAACGAAAGUUGGAUCGAGUCAAGCAGGUUUUUAUUCGACUUUUUCCUCGUUCUAGUCUGUUAACGUUUCAGGACAAUGCUCAGAAAAAAGCUCGAAACACAGAAGAGAGAAAGGUUGAUUCGCAGAUUCAGUAUUGAUGAAACGGAGGAAAUUUUUUAGCAAGAUCAACAGAGUGAGCAGGGAGAAGGCUGUGAGGACUCUAGCGAAAUAUUGACCAAAACUUCCUUCGCCUCUCUGGCUGUACGUCUUCAUCGAUUCAAAACUCGAAAGAUGUCCAUUUUUUAGGGAAAAAUCAACAAAAACCUCCUCGAAUCUGUCCACAAGCUGCAGUUCAAGAACAUGACCGAUAUUCAGGCCAAAACUAUCGACCCUCUGUUAGAAGUUUGUUUUUUUUUCUGUGAAUUUUUUCUCUAAGUUGGAAUGAACAACUUCAUUAUGAUUUUGAUUCAUUUCAAUGAGCUUUGCAUUUUCAAGUUGAAAUUUUUCGACUCCUAUUCAGGAUUUAAAAAAAACGUUGUUUCAAUCUAAAAGUGUUUGAAGAAACCUGCGGUACAAUGUUUUCAAUCAGGAUAUUUCCCUCAAAACUUGAAAGAUCUCUUAUUUCUCAAUUGGCCCAUAAAUAGAAAUUUGUACUUGGUCCAAGUAAGUGGAUAAACGUUUUUUGUUCAUUUUCAGGGUAAAGAUGUGAUCGCGACGGCAAAGACAGGCUCCGGCAAAACGUUGGCGUUUCUUUUGCCGGCCAUCGAGCUUCUUCAUAAGCUCAGCUGGAAACAGCACAACGGGACGGGCGUCAUUAUCAUCUCUCCGACUCGCGAGCUUUCGCUUCAAACUUAUGGCGUUCUUUCCGAGCUUCUUGAAGGUUCGAGGUCAAACUGGCUAAAUAUUUUGUGAUUCUAGGGUCCAGCAUCACGUACGGCUUGGUAAUGGGCGGCUCAAACAGGAGUGCCGAAAGAGACCGAUUGGCAAAGGUUUCAUUUUUUUUUAAAUAUAAAAAUGUCUUAUCUCUCUUAUCUGAAACAAAUAUUUCUAUAGUAUACUAAGAGCCAAAAAAAAAAUGAAAUAUUUUUCGAUGGUAUGUGUAUAAGGACGAAAAUUUCGUAGAAAACAAUAUUAAUAAGUUUUUUUGAGUUUUCUAAUAUUACUCAACGUCAGUAACAGUAUGAAGACCUCAUGAAAAAUCAAUGGAAAUCAAGGGACACAAUUCUACGCGGAACUCGGUUCCACUCUUUUGAGUAUUUUUCCUCUUUUCUGUUAAUUAAUCGACUCCGGUGGUUCUGAAGACUAUGGCUCAUCGAACAUUAGGUGGAACGACUAAAGUGAGAAAUUGUAUGCAAAAACUGGAAACAAUAGAAAGCGUGAACAAACAAAUAAAAAUUGUUCAAAAUGCUCUGUUUUUUGACGUAUAGGGAAACUUAUGGUUUUCUUCCAUUAACGGGACAUAAUUUCAGGGUGUUUCCGUUCUGGUUGCAACCCCUGGUCGGCUGCUCGACCACUUGCAGAACACCGAGGAGUUCUUAGUUAAAAAUCUAAAGUGCUUGAUUAUUGACGAAGCGGAUCGCAUUCUCGACAUUGGCUUCGAGAUCGAAAUGCAACAGGUGUUUAUUCAAUAGCUUUUUUCGUGCAAUCUCCGGGUUUCAUGAAAAAUGUGUUAUCUGAAGGACUAUGAUAUGAGCCCGUCAUAAUUUUGGGUAUAAACUUCAUUCGCUUUUCAGAUUCUCCGACAUAUUCCGAAGCAACGUCAGACGAUGUUAUUUUCUGCGACUCACACUCAAAAGGUACACCUACAUAUCCUUUGCUGUUUUUAGUUUUAUAUCAGUUUUUUGAGGUAAUAAAUUAGAUCGUAGAUUGUAGAGAAAACGUAGAGAAAGUAGAGAAAAAAAAAUGAAAUAAAUUUUCAAAUAUUAUAAUUUAUUUAUAUAAAGCGCGCGAAAAAUGUUUUCUUUCAAGGUUGACGAGCUGAUAAAGCUGGCUCUACCGACAGACCCUGUGCGGAUCGCCGUCAACGAAAAGUCGGAGGUGGCGACGGUCGAGGGCCUCCAACAAGUUUCGAACAUUGUCAACCUCAAGCAACGUUAUUUGCAGGGCUAUGUCGUAUGUCCUUCUGAGAAACGUUUACAACUGCUGUUCACCUUUUUGAAGCGCAACAAGACUAAAAAGGUAUCAUUCCGUGUUAAUUAUUGACAUUAAACAAAUUCCGUCUUCACUCGAAGUGGCUGCUCUUAUUUCGAACAUAGAGCACGGUCUCCGAGAUCCGGCUGUAGUUAUGUUACACCGGAAGGGUCACCGGCUCUUCCGUGUAAGCUUUAGACGUGUUGAAGGCAGACUGUCAUGAAGUCUUUAUUCGUGAGCCUCACACGCGUGUGGCCAAGACGCGUGCAGGGGAACCAAGUGAGAUACAGGCGUGUCUGCCGGAGCAAUUACACGCCGAGAGCAUCGCUCACACAUGAAUACAAUAGAACGGAGAGAGAUAGUAUUCCUACUGUAACAUCCCCCUUUCCCUAAAAAGCUUCGUCCCGGAGCUUGUAUUGUUAGACAAUUGAACUAGGUAGGACUGAUCUUUGGGAAGAGUCUCACAAAUUAAGAAAGUCGAUACGAAAAUGGGUGAUCCGAAAGAAAAUUACGAUAAUUGGUAGAGUUACGAUAGAUAUAUGAACGAAAAUUGGCUGCAAUGAAGUCAAACACAACAACACGGUCUACUCAUCAACAGAUAGAAAUACACAACGAUUUAGUCGCAUGAAUUUAAUCUAGUGGCCCGGUAAAGAACAAGGCACCAUGCGCAUCCGGUCAAAGUAGUGGUAAUACAUGUAAAUCGAGGAAUUCUAUUUUAAGUAAACUACAUCGGUGGGCAGAACGACAGUAAAAAACGAGCCAGACAGCGGAAAAAAAAACCAACAAUUGAACUAUAAUAUACGGUCAGAAUCGACAUAUAAGGGCUCCCUAGGCCUCGCGAUAACACUGAAUCUCAUCCCUCCUUCCCAUCCGUUUAAUCGCGUAAACAAAAUGAAUCAAAUAAUGCUCAAUGAUCAAUAUACUUGUACAAAAUGUCGAUGAAGUCGUCGCUGUCUGGGACCGGCUCGGGUUGCGGCUUCUGGCUUCGUAGAGCUUCGCAAGCGAAAAAUCAGUGGGUCGUUGCCAAGGUUGAACCGAACAAAAUAAGAAUAACUGCGGACGAGUAGAAAAAGGCGAGUUCGUCGUGGAAUUUCACCACGAAAAGCGGCUGGGCAGAAGAGAUAGAAAUGGUGAAGCCACAGCGGCUUAUUCUUCGGUCGGGACCUCCAUGUUACACCGGAAGGGUCACCGGCUCUUCCGUGUAAGCUUUAGACGUGUUGAAGGCAGACUGUCAUGAAGUCUUUAUUCGUGAGCCUCGCACGCGUGUGGCCAAGACGCGUGCAGGGGAACCAAGUGAGAUACAGGCGUGUCUGCCGGAGCAAUUACACGCCGAGAGCAUCGCUCACACAUGAAUACAAUAGAACGGAGAGAGAUAGUAUUCCUACUGUAACAGUUACUUUUCUUCCCGACUUGAAAGGCGAAAUAGUUAGAGUGGCAAGAGUGUAGCGCUGCGUAGGCGAUGCGGCUUUUUUGGCGGGAAAUUCGAGUUCAAACGCAAUCAUAGGACAAAAAAAAAGAAAAAAAAAAGCAAAGAAUCAGUUUGAUAUUAUUUUCAUACUUUUAUUCGUUCAACCAAACUUUUUCAAAAUAAUAAAAAAAAAUUUAGGUCAUGGUUUUCUUCUCAUCGUGCAACUCGGUGAAAUUCCACCACGAGCUACUCAACUACAUCGACAUACCUUGCAUGUCCAUCCAUGCAAGUUUUUGAAUUUUUUGAAAGAAUGGUCAAGACAACUGAAUUUUUGGCCGUUUGCUGCGUUGGUAUGAACAAUUUUCUGAGGUAGUCGAGGUUCUCACUAAGUGAAAAGUUACCGCUUUGUUUUCAUAUUAAAGCAGAUUUCUGAAGAAAGUUGAGUAUUCAAAGGUGAAUGACAACGUUUACAGGGAAAACAGAAGCAACAGAAGCGGACAACGACCUUUUUCCAAUUUUGUCAGGCCGAAAUGGGGAUAUUGCUGUGUACAGACGUAGCUGCACGGUACUUCAUUCCCACAAUUUUUUUUUUAAAUCAAGAUUACUAUUUCUCAAUGUUCUCUCUCAAAACUUUUAUUUUAAAACAUUUCGAAUCACACUUAUUUGAGACUUCUGUUAGUGAAGGAAUAUCAUAGUCAUUUCAAAAAUGAUAUAAUUAAGAGGAUUGGAUAUCCCGGCUGUUGAUUGGAUUGUACAAUACGAUCCCCCAGAUGAACCCCGGGAGUACAUUCAUCGUGUGGGACGGACAGCGCGAGGAAACGAUGGAAGGUGCGAGAAAUUGUGAAGAGAAUGAACAAAAUAUGUUAAUGAUUUUUUUUUAAAUGAUGUAAUGCUCCCCGUUCAUACAUUACAAUUUCAGAGGCAAUGCUCUACUCGUUUUACGACCUGAAGAGCUUGGUUUUUUGCGGUACCUGAGAGCUGCCAAAGUCGUCUUGAACGAAUUCGAAUUUUCUUGGUCCAAAGUUUGUUCGGUGUUUUUCGGCUUCGUCUAACCGAUUUUCAUGUCGCAGGUGGCGAACGUUCAAACUCAACUCGAGAACCUCAUCGACAAGAAUUAUUACCUCAACAAAUCGGCAAAGGAAGCUUACAAGUGUUACGUCCGUGCCUACGACUCGCACUCUCUGAAGGUCGUGCGAGCAAGAUUAUUUUAAUAAUGACCAAAUAUUUUUUCUUUCUUUCAAAAAAGUCAAUUGAAUUGAUUAAUGACCAAAUAUUUUUUCUCUCAGAAAAGUCAAAUCAAUUGAUAUAAAAUAGAGAUAGUAAGAUCAUAAUUUUGAAAAAAAAAGCAAAGAAAAAGAAAAAUUAGAAGAAAGCAAUCGUGCAAAGGAAAUAGAAAUAAUUCAUUUAUUUUCGUUGUUUUAGUCAAAGAUAUAAUUGAUUAGGCGCGGAUUAGGAACUUUUAAAGCUAUAACGAACAAUCGCCUUUGGCGAAUUAGAAGUCCAAACGUGUACUCGAUCAAGUUGAAAGCAUGGUCUGACGGUCUUUCGCUUCCUUUUUCUGGGCGUAAUUCAUCCAGUUGUGCCAUGAAGAAUCAGAAUGAAGCGGAUGUUGUGCUGGAUACCGUGCUCUAGGUGGAAACCUCGAAAUGAGAGCGACCAUUUCGAGUGAAGAUUUUACACGGAAUAGGAACAUAUGAUAUGAAAGAUUUCGCGCUCCAAACACCUGCCAACCAUUGAUUCGUACCAUCAAAGUUUGCUUUUUAGUUAAAUAUAUUUUAGGAUAUCUUUGACGUGGGAAAUCUGGAUUUGAUUGCUGUUAGCAAGUCGUUUGGUUUCUCCGUGCCUCCGUUCGUAGACCUGCCCAUCAGCAACAAACCCAAGGUUUCUAUACACGCAUUGGGAAGAUAAACGGUUUCGAGAACUUUUUCAGGUACAAGUUCGCUCAAAUCUUUCUGGCGCUGGAUAUCGCAAGAAGAACACAGCUCGCUUCACAUUUAAACAAAAGCCUAAAAAGUGAUUCAAUUUUUUUUUUCUCUGAGUUCUUCCUUGUUAUUCUUUACUUUUCUGUUGCUGUCUGUUGUUGUUGUUUAUGAUGAUUAUUCGAAUACAUUCUUUACCUUUUAUUGAUACUUCUUUUUUACUGAAACCAACAACUGAAACUUCGUAAAAUUUCAUCCAAAAUAUUUCAGAGUAGAUUGGAUCAAAUGAGUGAAUUCUAAUUCUCUUGGAGGAUCAAUUGGUUUUUCAUAUAUUUUGGGGUUUUUCAUAAAAUUCUGCGAUCUUGAAAAUUAUCGUCGCCCGCGUGAGGUACGGUGCCUGCGUAGACAGAGUUAGCUGCUUGAUAUUGGAAACAGACUAUAUUCGGAAUACAUGAAAAGGAGUUUCAGUUAACGUAAAACUAGUUAUGCGAGUCCAUUGAUGAGACAGGUCAAAUGAAAAAUUGAAUUUGUUUCAAGUAUAUAACUUGUAUAUUGAUACAGCUUCACUUCAUUAGACCUAUUGCUGUUCGAAACACUUUUCGCAUGCCUAUGCCCUAUUCAGACAGAGCGCGUGAGGCUUUUUGGAUAGGGAAAUGCUGCCAUUCUCCUCUGAUGAUUGCGCAAUCGGCGCCAAUUCAGGUUCAGAAGAAACCAGAUCUUGCCAAAAUUUUGUUUAGAUGGUUGAGGGCCAAUACACACCGGACGUUAUCGGCAUGUGGAUUCAACUCGUCGGAAUAUUACUUUCUCUUCUGCAGUCCCUCGACGCGAUUCCUGUGCCCAACGGGCAACUCGGUCAGUUGAAAGUUGUUUGGAAAAGCUUUCUUCUCAGGUAAUGUCGAGAUCGAAUGCGGUGAGAAAACUAUCGAGGCUGUCUUUCUCACAGAGAAAGCAUUCCAAGGUAGUUGUCUUUAUUCGAAGUUGAUGCUUCUUGAAGCUGUUCCAGGACGUGUGUUUGUUGUGGGUCACGCCGAAAAAAGGGGCUGCUGGUCUAGGGAAAUCGGUCGUCGUACAACUUCUCUGGUUGUCGAUAGGAAUUCCUGCGGCGUAGAAACUAUCCGAACUGUAGGUUAAUCAUAUGUAUUGUUCAUUAAUUAAUCUCGAAAAAUCUUAAAGUGUUUCAACUUGAGAGACGAUGAAAAAUCAGAAAUUUUUCUUUUCAGGCGAAUGGGUUCAAAUCAUCUGUCAGAAUAAUCAUCUCUUUCCACAACAAAUUCGUCACCAAAGUUGACCGCGUAAGGAAAAAUUUCGCUUUUUUCAUUAAGUUGUUAGCAAAUCUUACCGCAAAAAACCAAAGGGCUACAACAUCACCUGCUUUUAUACUUCAUCGGGCGACGUCGUUUCAUAUUCUUUGUCUGUUGAGCCAACGGUUAGGCAUCCCGAAUCAACGCGCAAUAACAGAUGAGCAGGUGCUACGAAAUGUGGAAACUGUCGCAGAUGGACCGCAAUGUGUCUACGAGGUCGUCGACAGCAAAACUCAACGGCCAGCGAAAGUCGUCCACGUCGGCACUGCACUACGACAUAUGUGGACCUGCGACGGGCCCAAUCAGGGUGAAUUUUGUUCUGAAGGGACCUUUUUGGUACUUUGAAGCUUUGAAGCAAACACCUGGGGUGCUAAGACAAGAGUGACUUCUCCAUUUCCGCUUUUUUUUUCCAUUGUGUAUGAACUUCAUUGAAAUGAACCAUAGAGACAGGAAGCAGUUAAAAUGCUUCAACGUCCAUUCUGAUUUAUUAAAAAAUUAAAUUAGGAAGCAAUCAUUUGAAAAAAAAAACGCGGAAAUGGAAAACUCGCACUUUCUGUAGCACCACAUCUCACAGAGGCAGGCCAGGCAAACGGUAAAUUUUACCAUGAUUAAAAAAAAUUUCAUUUUUGCGGCUUGCUUGACAAGUCGAAGAUGAAUUUUAGAUGUCUUUUAAAUAUUCAUCAGACAAAAUAAAACAGAACAAAAAAAAACACUUGUGAAAAAAUAAUCCUAAUUUUCAUCGUGCAGUUUUGAGGCAAAUAUGGGUCUCCCCGGAUAUAUCUGAAGAUGAAAUGAAUAAAUAUCGAAAAUUUUGAAAAGAUUUAUUUGAUCUGAAAAGUUAGAAUUUAACUGUUGGAUUAUCCGGGCAGCACACUUUUACCGGACCGAACACACAUUCCGACUCUCCUAUCAAAGCUAUUUCCUCUCGGCUAUUUUUUGGGUCUUUUGUGAACGUUUCUUCUGCUUGCGGCGCUUCUUCUCAUUGAACUAUUUUAUGAUUUUAACCAUUGCGGCUAUGUAAACUCAAUCCAUCCCGAUUAAAAAGCGUGGAAGGCAGAGAAAUGGGCGGGACGCGUAGCGUGCGCGUACGCGGUCCUUGGCACGAGUUCCAUUCAAGAGCCAUCGACUAUUUGGAGAGCUCGUUCUCCGCUCUUUUUGUAUUUAUUCUACUAUUUUAAUGUGCAAAAAAAGAAAAACAAUAAAGAAUUGAAAAACUAAACGAAGACAGCGAUAAACGAGGCCUCCAAAAAGUCGCUCGCAGUUGAAUUGAACUCGUGCCAAGAACCGCGUACGCACACGCUACGCGUCCCGCCCCCUCUCCACCUCCCUCGCCUUGCAAGUCGGGAACAAUUGGCUAUAUUACGGUUUAUAUUCAUUUAUCUAGAAAAAUUUAAAAUUGCAGAUCUUUUCUGCAUGACUGUGCAUUCGUGUAAGAUUGACGUUGGUUCCGCUUCGUUCCAACUUCUCGACGAAAAAGGGUCCGUUUUUUGGAGAAUAUUUUAACGGAAUUUUCUGCAAAAAGGGGAAUACUUUCAAAUAACCGUGCACGUGGAAACCAACUUUGGCUAACCAGGCAUCUUUUGAAUCGUCGAAUGUUCAUUCAUGAAUCUGUUUCCUAUCACCUCAAUUUUUUUCGAAGAAUCUUCACUUUAUGAAGAGAAUCUCACAGUCUUUGAUGAACUGAGAAGCAUUCAAAGAUUUCAGUUCAGUUUUAUUUCUUUCUCAGUAUUUCUUUGAAAAUUGUCAGGUGUACCACCGACCCGGUGCUUUUGCCACGUGUACAAUAUAUUAAUAAUCGGCUCAGCGCUUCUGUUCACUCUCACGCCUUCCAGUUUGGAGAUCAGGUUUUUUUUUGUUUCUUACAAGAUUAUUUCUUGAAUUUUAUCUGGUUCGAUGUUCUUUUGAGUCCUUUUUUCUUUAUAGGUCGCUGUUGAAUUCGAAUGCAACGUCAGAAUAGAUCUAAAAAAUGGAACGUGCAAAGUUUGUCACCAAGACUUUGAAAAUCAGGAUGAAAGAACCUUUUUCAGGCCCCCGUGUGCUGA